CUCCGGCGAACUUAUUACCUGUGCCAUCAAAGCAGAGCACGAACUGCCUUAUUGGCCGAGCAGGUCCAAACUAAGGGGCCGGGAUGCAAGUAUGCAAGGAGCCAAGAUAUGUAUGUUUGUCUUGGGUGCGGGCGACUACUUGUACAGUGGGAUAUCAGGCGCUCUCCUUAUGGGGCUAAAGAGCAGCACAUGCACGAGGAUGUCUUUGGCCCUGGCAAAAUGGCAAGUCUUUUCGAAUCAAAGAGGAGGAAUGCGCACGAUGCUGUCAAGCCUUACUGGGUUGCGCGUCAGAGUUCCUGCAGCCCUGCCGGUCUUGACUCGCUCGGGAAGUAUGCGGGCGAGAAAUCGAGCUCACGGGUCUCCUGUUUGUGAGGAAAUAAGCGAUGGUUGGUCAGGUUGGUCCACACUUGAUUUGAGAUGUUUCCAGCAUGAGAUCAGAAGAAUAGAGAGUUGGAAGGGGAAAAUAUUAUUUCUCGUGUCGGACUUUUCGUUUCGAGGCUUCAGCUCCGGGAAAAGCGCCCAUCUCACUAGUGAGCCCCGGCUAAGAAUGCUCCUUUCAACCACCACCUCCCUUCCCCUCGUGGAAGUUCAUGUGGGAAGAUCUGACUCUCGCGUUUGCUUUUCUCAUCCUAGUCAAUCAGUUUACUCCGUAAAAGGUUACUUCCGCCUGCAGGUGGUCCGGCGAUGAACGUCAUUCUCUGCAAUUUCCUCAUGGGGAGGGUAUGCGAACGAGUCCCUCCGGCCGGAUUUUCCCAGCGUCACAGAGUGGCUUUGGCGAUCUUCGCUAGAGUUUCCAUCAAGUGGAGAAACUUUUUGACUCCAGCCAUGGGUUUGGCCCGUCUCCCGUCGCCGUCCCAAUGUACCAAACCCAGCGCUGUGCAAUUACGGAUACUCUACGGUGUAUUUGCG